CUGCUUGUCUGUCAGAGUGCUACUGUUCAGUGGCGGGAUGGACUCGUUAAGUGCGCGGAUGAUCCAGAGUCCCGGAGAGGACUCGGUGUGUGUGAGCUGACAGGACCCGGCGGUUUGAAGGUCUGCAGCUCAGAGACAGAGGGACAGAUGAUCUGAGCGUGUACCUGCAGGCUGAGACUGUGAGCGGCUCAGAGGCAGAUCCUCCGCAGAACACGCCCUGAUAGAAAAAGGUAAAAGACACACACUCUGGCCUGAUCAACCAAGGAGCCGAGUCUGCUUACCUGAAAAACACCAGCCCCAAUGCUCCACCACGUACGGGCUCACACCGCCGGACACCUACCAAAUGAAAUCAGGACGAGUUCACUUCCACAAACGCUGGUUUGUCCCGAGGAGCUUUAUCCACGUCUGUCGCGCGAUCGGAACACCUGGAGGUCCCGCCGGACUCGAUAGAGAAAUAAAGCAGGUUACAGAGCAUUGAUCCACCGGCCGGGCUCAGCACCAUGAGUAGGAAGACUCGGCGCUGGAUUUUACAUUUUUUCCUGUGCCUUGGAAUAGUGUAUGUGAAAAUCGGGGGUCUGUCAUCGGUGGUUGCGCUGGGAGCGAGCAUCAUCUGUAAUAAGAUCCCCGGCUUGGCCCCCCGUCAGAGGACGAUCUGUCAGAGCCGACCCGACGCCAUCAUAGUGAUCGGAGAAGGAGUUCAGAUGGGCAUCAAUGAAUGUCAGUUCCAGUUCAGACACGGACGCUGGAACUGCUCGGCCCUGGGAGAGAGGACCGUGUUCGGGAAAGAGCUCAAAGUGGGCAGCAAGGAGGCCGCGUUCACCUACGCUAUUAUCGCUGCCGGGGUCGCCCAUGCGGUCACUGCAGCCUGCACCCAGGGGAGUCUGAGCGGCUGCGGCUGUGACAAGGAGAAACAGGGUUUCUACAACCAGGAGGAAGGCUGGAAGUGGGGCGGCUGCUCUGCAGACGUCCACUAUGGCCUGGGUUUCUCCAAGGUGUUUGUGGACGCGCGGGAAAUUAAGCAGAAUGCCAGGACGCUCAUGAAUUUACACAACAACGAAGUGGGACGCAAGGUUCUGGAGAAGGGCAUGCAUCUGGAGUGUAAGUGUCACGGUGUGUCAGGAUCUUGCACCACCAAAACCUGCUGGACGACUCUCCCCAAGUUCCGUCAGCUGGGAUUCAUCCUCAAGGACAAGUACAACCAGGCCGUCCACGUGGAGCCAGUGCGAGCCAGCCGCAACAAGCGCCCCACUUUCCUGAAGAUCAAGAAACCCCAUUCCUACCGUAAGCCCCUGGACACAGAGUUGGUCUACAUCGAGAGAUCGCCCAACUAUUGCGAGGCGGACCCUCUGACGGGCAGCAUGGGAACGCAGGGUCGCCUGUGCAACAAAACGGCUCAGCAGCCCAACAGCUGCGACCUGAUGUGCUGCGGUCGGGGAUAUAACACACACCAGUACUCGCGCGUUUGGCAAUGCAACUGCAAGUUCCUGUGGUGCUGCUACGUUAAAUGCAACACCUGCAGUGAGAGGACGGAGGUGUAUACCUGUAAAUAGAGAUAUUUAUUGGACGUGUAUUCAGACAGCUAGACUGGACUGUGUGUGCACGUGUCUGUUGUAUAUUUCAGAAGAAGGCUUCUGACACACGUGCUGUCUUGGCAUUACAGCAACUUCCUCCAACUUGUGUUGUGCAAGUGCACAUCAGCCAUCACACUGGACUCAACCUAUGGGCUCAUACAUUUUAAUUUUAUUGUUUCAAAUGCCAUGUCAUGCCCCAGGCUUGACUUCUCUGCAGGCCACACUGCUCUGAUGGCAUGACUCACCUCAAACAGUGAUAGUUUUUUUUUCUUCUACUAGACUAAUAAUUUAUUCAGUGAGAAAACUACUGAUCAUUUCACUGUCAACUAAAUCUGGUAAGGUUUAUCAGUUGGUGUAGAUGCCUGAUAUUUUAGUAAAAAGAAACUAUUCAAGUGCACUUAUGAGUAAAAAGAAUUUUUUUUCUUCUUUUUAAAAGACAACUUAAACACUGGAGCUGAAACGUGAAACAGUCCGAACUGAACUCGACUGACAGAUUAACAUUGAACUACUGAUUCUGGACUCAGUAUGAUAGUAUUGUUUUCUGCUUGUUUCUUUCCCCCUCCCCCUCCAGUUUGCUGCUAGUUGUCUGGAUUGAUGUCUGUUAUGGAGUUUGUGAGCGAGCAGCCAUAUUGACUCUUCUAAGCUAAGUUGACACCACCAGGAGCAAACGCAAAAAGCUUCCAGACAGAAAUUUCCCUCAAUGUUGGUUGAUAGAAUAUAUUUUGUAAGAGAUUAUUUUUAUAUAAAUAUUGUUUUAUUUAUUUUCGAUCUCUGUGUAAGAUUUUUUCCCUUAGCAUUUCUUUAACCACUGAAACAUGAAAUAAAAUAAAAGUUUUGAUUUACAUCAUGAAAUUUCA